GCAGUCAAUGAUAAUUUCAUUUCACAGAUACUUUUCUCUGAUGAAUCAAAUUUUACGAAUCGUGGUCAAGUGAAUCGACAUAAUAUGCAUUAUUGGUCAGUGGAGAAUCCCCAUUGGUUAAGGCAAGUUGAACAUCAACGCCCGUGGAAUGUUUGGUGCGGUAUUUUAGGUACUCAGGUAAUUGGCCCAUACUUCAUAGAAGGUAAUCUGAAUGGUCAAAUGUACAGCGACUUUUUAGAUAAUGUUUUACCCAUACUAAUGGAAGAUGUUCCACUUCAAACAAGAAUGGAUAUGUGGUUUCAACACAAUGGAUGCCCAGCGCAUUAUUCACGAAUAUCUCAAGAAGUUUUGAAUCGAAACUAUCCGGGUCGAUGGAUUGGACGAGGAGGUCCUCAAAAUUGGCCCGCACGUUCACCCGAUUUGACUUCUGCCGAUUUUUUCCUGUGGGGAAAGCUAAAAGAGAGAGUUUACAUGUACCAACAACCCCAGAAAAUAUGCAGCAGCGAAUUAUCAAUGAAUGUGCAAACAUUAGCGCAGAGACACUUAUAAAUGUCGGAUUGUCUUUCAGACACAGAGUUGCAAUGUGCAUUAGAAACAACGGACAUCAUUUCGAACAUUUACUUCAAUGAAACACUUGUGAGAGGCAAGGGGACUCAAAGUAAUCAAGCACCCCGAGAUAGUGAGAGGC